GCUAAGAACCCUAAUAUUUCUUGGGGAGCUAUGGCGGGCGCGUCGGCCGCGGGCGUGAUGGAAGAGGUGAGCAAGCUGAGCGUGGAUCAGAUCCGGCAGGUCAAGGAUCAGGUGGAUGGCGAGCUCAGCGUGCUCCAAGACAGCGUCAACAACAUAAGAACUGCAGCGAAUCGAUUCGAGAUGGCUGCCAAGGCGCUCCAAAAUCUCUCGCAGCAUCCCAAUGGCAAGAAGCUCCUGGUUCCACUCACGGCAUCGCUCUACGUUCCUGGAACGCUUCAAGACGUUGAGAAAGUUCUUAUAGACGUUGGAACAGGCUACUACAUUGAGAAAUCUGUCACCGAUGGGAAGGAUUACUGCGACCGCAAAAUCAACUUCUUAAAAGCCAACCACGAGAAGCUGAUGGAGGUAGCUUCCGAGAAGAGGAAUGUGGCCGAGCAAGUCAAUAUGGUUUUGCAAGCCAAGCUACGCCAAGUAAUGGCCUCGAAGUGACUUCAAACAAGACCAGGAUCAGCCAGGAAGCUCUUACUUUUUCUACUUUUGACGCUUCUCACGAGCGUAGUUCUCACAGGAGCUGAUCUUUUAUACUGCGAAGAUCAUUUGCAAACUCUUGGAAGUUUUCGACCAGCGUGAAAACACCGAAUGCUCUUUUGAUUCAA